UCAUGACUGCACAGUUAAGGGCCUCCUAUCUCUUCCCCCUUUUCCUAGCUGGCUUUGUGCAGACAGAUCCCAAGCCAGAGAAGAUGAAGACGGAUUGCUACAAAGAUGUGAAAGGCACCAUCUAUGAAUAUGACGCCAUCACUCUUAAAGGAAGGGAACACAUUCAGUUCAAGCGGUAUGCGGGCAAGCAUGUCCUUUUUGUCAAUGUGGCCACCUAUUGUGGUCUGACGGCUCAAUAUCCUGAACUGAAUACACUUCAGGAGGAGCUGAAGUCCUUUGGCUUAGUUGUGUUGGGUUUCCCCUGUAACCAAUUUGGAAAGCAAGAACCAGGAGAGAACUCGGAGAUCCUUCCAGGGCUGAAGUAUGUCCGUCCAGGGGGAGGAUAUGUACCUAAUUUCCAGCUUUUUGAGAAAGGAGAUGUGAAUGGGGAAAAAGAACAGAAAGUCUUCACCUUCUUGAAGCACUCCUGUCCUCACCCCUCUGAGAUUUUAGGCUCAUUAAAACAUAUAUCCUGGGAACCUAUAAAGGUCCAUGACAUCCGCUGGAAUUUUGAAAAGUUCCUGGUGGGGCCUAAUGGAGUCCCCGUCAUGCGCUGGUUCCAUCGGGCCCCAGUCAGUGCGGUCAAGUCGGAUAUCCUGGCAUACCUGCAGCAGUUCAAAACUAAAUAGGAAAGCUGAGUUGGGGGCAGGAGCCAUCCUGCUUCUUACUUGAAGACCUGUUCAAAGAAAAAUCCAUCCUCUCACUACACUAUCUUCCUAAAUGGCCUCCACUUGACUAAAUCACCUCUAUAUUGACAAAGUUCCCACUCUCUACCAAGUAGAUGUAUGUUUGGAAGGCUACUGCUAUUUCUCCUUGUAAGAGUAUGUGAAUGAAGAAUAAAAGAAUGGAAACUUUAACUCCUCAGACCUCUGUUUCAAAUAUAAGAAUUCAUAUCCAUCAGAGGAAAAUCAUCUGUCCAUGAGGAUGGUUCAGUGUGCCACAAUAUCCUGAAGAAGAACGUUCCUAGACAUUCUGACUCUCCCUUCUCUCCCUACCCUAAGGGUAUAGAAAUAACAGUGGGGUUAUAGCCAUACAAUUUAGGUUCCACUUCAUAACACUUUUCCUCCCCUAGGACAAACAUGUAUUGUCAGUUUCCAACUCUUUUCAGAUCAGUCUUCAACCAUGACACCUCUGCCCUGCACCACCCUCCUCCUCCACUGAUCUGUCAUUCUUCUAUAGGAGUCCUAAGGUAGCAUGGGAGCAGGAAAUUGCCUCACAUGAAGCAAAGGACAUCUCCAUGAUAGUGGGAUCCAGAGCCUCCUUCUAAUUUGGACCCUACAAAAACUUUCCUUAUUGUCUGAUCUUUAGUGUAUUCAGCUUAUGACAUCUGGGCAGGGCAUCCUUUGAAGGACGGACUUUCCCCUCUCAG